AUGUCUGCCGCUCCCUCUGUCGAGAUGCCCAUCCGUACGUCUACUGGACUUACGGAUGAUGCCGUCCCUGAGUUCGACCCUCAUACCACAACCGGCGUCCUCGCUGAGCGCCUCCAGGCCUGGAAGCAUGCCUGUGGCUACCUCGAGGACUACAUGUCCGCCAUGGAGAAGGCCCAUGGCAAGCAGGCCAAGGAAUAUGAAAAGGUUCUUAAGACCAUCUCCAACCCUCUUCGCGAGGGCCACCACUUCGACCAGAACGUUGGCGGUAUCGCCGGAUUCUUUGAGAACAUGCGCUCUAACACACAGGCUAUGAUCAACACGAGCAUCGAGACUGAGAAGAGCAUCAAGGGCUCCGUCCUUCCCAUCCUUGAGCGCCUCCACAAGGAGAUUAAGCACAAGGCCAAGGAGCUCGAGAGCGGUGCUGGUGCUAGCGCCAAGGAGGUUGAGAAGCUUCGCAACACCACCCAGAAGCAGAUCGAGCUCCUCGGCGAGAAGACCGCUGCCUUCGACUCUACUGGUGGCAAGUUCUCUGGUACCGACGACCCUUACAUUGUCCGCCGUGGUGUUGUCCACCGCCUCAGCAACCAGGUCAUUGCUGAGAACAACCACAGCAAUGAUCUUAUCUCUGUCCAGAACAACUUCCAGGUGUUCGAGGGCAACAUUAUCCACACUCUCCAGCAGGCCAUGCAGGCCUUUGCCCAGCUCAGCGGCGGCCAGAGCGAGAAAAUUACCGCUCUCCACAACGACAUGCUCGGCACGAUCCAGUGUGUCCCCAAGGAGUUUGAAUGGAUCAACUUUGUCAGCCGCUGCAGCGACGUUCUUGUUGACCCUCAGGAGCCUGCUCGCUCCAUUGAUAACGUUACCUUUGCCAACGAAGACCACCCCUCCACCAAGGCUCUUAUUGAAGGCACUCUGGAGCGCAAGUCCAGAAACAAGCUGUCCUUUGGCUGGUCCACUGGUUACUACGUUGUUACCCCUUCCCGAUUCCUCCACGAGUUCAAGGAUACCGACGACAACCGCCAAGAUCCCAAGCCCGAGCUCUCUCUCUUCCUCCCCGACGCUACCAUUGGCAUUCCUAGCGAAAACAAGUUUAACAUUCGUGGCAAGGACAAGAGCGGUACUUUGAGCAGCAAGUUUGCCGGUACCACCGAGCUCAGCUUCAAGGCUCACACCGCUGCCGAUGCCCAGAAGUGGUUCCAUAUUAUUCAGGCCGUCUGUGGAGCUACUGCUCCCGCCGAGGCCAACUCGGAUCCUAGCUCACCAGCUUCUCCUGCCGCUGCUUCUCCUGCUGCUGUUGGAGCUGCUUCCCCCUCAAGCACUGCUGCUGUUGUCGAUGAGAAGGCCGCCGUCCCCGCCACCGAUGAUCUUAAGAUGAACACACCCAUUGCCAGCCCUCCUGUUGCCAGCCCCGUGGCUGCCGCCCCGGCCGCCGCCACUCCCGCUCACCAGCCUCAAGAAACUGGUAUCCUCGGCACGCCAGUCACUUCUGCCGCUCAAACGGCAGCCCUCACUGCUGUCCAAGGCCACGCCAAGGUUGACGAGAAGCCUGUCGUUGGAUCUGCCAUUUAA